CGUCUCUUCUACUUAUCGUCACUCGCUGAUAUAAUUUUCCUAAUUGGCGGUCCUUAGUCCCAAAACCAAAGAUAGCAGGGACGUCAUAGCAGCGGCGUCAGGCCAAUUGUCAACGCGAACGUAAAAAUCCACAACCACCGUACACAUUGGACAUCCCCCAUCAUGGUCACUCCAGUCGAGCGGCCGGAGCCGACCUACGAGAUGGACAGCAACACCCACCACCUACCAACACACAUGCCAGCCGCGGGGGCGCAUGGUCAGCGAUCCUCGGAUGACGACGGCACCUUUGUGGGAGAAGAUCUGAGCCAGAAGAACUCAAACCCAGAAAAACAACAAGGCUCGGCGCCUUUUCCACAGCUCGACACAGGCGUUGGCCGAGCCCGGGCGGGUAGCCACCUAACGGUCGACACAGUGCAUUUGGGUCCACCAGGGUCAUUGCAGUCUCCAUCGCAGUCUCGGGAGCAAGCCAGCCGCUUGAAUGACGAACUUGCUAUGCUUCAAGUAGAGCGCGAGGUUUCCAAUGCUGUCGAAGGCCUCGAAAGAGGACAGUCAACAUCCCGAUCCAUGCGACGAACUCGCUCACGUCGGGAAGAGCCCGAGGACGAAUUCGAUGUGGCUACGAACCCGUUGCACGAGAGAGCGGCACUCUACAAACCGCCUGAGAACCCAUCGACCAAAGUGUCUCGCUUUUUCAAGAAAGUUCACAAUUCCAGUUGGGUGGUUCGAUACUUCACCUACAUUACUCCGUUGGUUCUGAUCAUUCUCAUCCCGCUUCUGCUGGGAGCGCUGCUCUUUAAGAACGCAUCGGUAGGCGGUGUUAAGAUGUCCUGGUUCUGUAUCUGGCUCAUGAUCAUCUGGUUGUCGCUUUGGGCCGGCAGAUCGAUAGCCAAGUGUCUGCCUUGGCCCAUUGGCUUGAUCUCGAGUCUCUUCACCAACAAUGACAAGAAAUGGCGAGAUAUGGGCAAGCAACUCGAACUACCCGCAACGCUGUUCUUCUGGUUCCUUGCUAUCGAGAUAUCCUUCCUCCCCACAAUGAAGCACCACCACGUGAACGGCAAUACAGCUACAAAGAACUGGGAAGUUAUCCUUAACAAGAUCCUCAUCUCGCUCCUCGUUGGAAUGACACUCAAUUUCAUCGAAAAGAUUAUCAUCCAGCUCAUUGCUAUUAGCUUCCACUUGCGCACAUACGCCGACAGGAUCGAGCUGAACAAGUUCCAAAUCGGUAGCUUGGCUAAGCUAUACAAAUACUCGAAGGAGAAGAUAGCCAUGGAGGACUCUGAAUUUGAAGCAAAAGAAGGAGGUAUGGCAUCGGGUGCUCGAACACCGGGCCAAUACAUUAAAGAGGCACAGAAAAAUACCAAGGAAGCCUUUAACAAGUUUGGUGACAUUGCUGGAAAGGUUGCUGGAGAUUUCACCGGCCGAGAAGUCACUGGGAGUGGUCAUCCUAAUCAGGUGGUCCUCGCGCUUCUCGGUAGCACAAGCGGUAGCCAGGUCCUGGCCAGACGUUUGUAUCGAACCUUCGCCCGCCCGGAAACGGAGACAGUACACCAAGAUGACUUGAAAUUCGCUUUCGAAAACAACGAUGAGGCGGAUGCGGCAUUUUCCAUGUUCGAUAAGGACAUGAACGGCGACAUUUCCAUGGAAGAGCUGGAGGCGGUCUGCGUUGAGAUCGGCCGUGAGCGGAAGUCCAUCACUGCAUCGCUAAAAGAUCUGGACUCUGUGGUCAGCAAACUUGAUGAUGUGUUCCUGUUCAUCGUUGUCGUCAUCACUAUCCUCGUUUUUAUCUCCAUCAUCUCGACUUCUGCGGCAGGUGUCCUCACAUCUGCUGGCUCUUCGGUCCUUGCACUGUCCUGGCUCUUCUCCGCCACUGCGCAAGAAUUCCUGCAGUCGGUAAUUUUUGUCUUCGUGAAGCAUCCUUUCGAUGUUGGAGACCGCGUCACGAUCUAUGGUAAUACUGGUGCCGCGGGUCUCGGUGACGACUACUUUGUGAAGGAGAUCGCCUUGCUCUACACUGAAUUCAAAAAGAUGGAAGGGCACGUCGUACAAGCGCCCAACAGCUACCUUAACACCUUGUUCAUCCUCAACCAGCGUCGUUCUGGUGCUCUUGCCGAGGCUGUGCCGGUCGUUAUUAAAUUUGGUACCACUCUUGAGCAGAUCGACUCUUUGCGCCAACGGUUGCUAGAAUUCGUGACUGCCGAAAAGCGCGAAUACGGGUCCAACAUCCUUACGGAAUUGAGACAGGUCACCGAAGUUCACUCUCUUACGCUCAAUGUCGUCUUCUUCUACAAGUCUAACUGGCAGAACGAGCUGCUUCGUCUCCAACGCCGCAACAAGUUCAUCUGUUGCUUAAUGGUAUCGAUGCAGGAAUGCGGAAUCGAAGGACCGCGUAUGCGCUACCCUGGACAGAAGGAGUCCUUCCCUCUCUACACGCAACAUCUUCCCCACCAGGCUACACCUGGCGUUGGCCACAACGGCACACCAGACAACCCAAGCGGAAUGCUCCACCAUCAAGCUCAAGACGAACCGAUUGUGCCUGCGCCGGCUUACACCCCAUCAUCUGGCAAUGGAAACGAAGGCGCUCCCGGACGACAGCAAUCCAUUCUUCGUACUACUGGUACACGUGCUCGCGGAGAGUCAAUGGCAGCUAUGGGCCGCCGUGUUGACUUCUCGCUUGGUAUGAAGGAUGUCGACUUUGCCGAGAUUCCAGGCGAUGUCUUCGAGGAUCGAGAGAAUGCCACCCAGCAGCGAGCCACGAUUGGCAGAGUCACUUCUCCUUCCCGGCACUCGACUGAACGCCGCCCCUCCAACGACAUGGCUCGAUCCACCUCGAUCGCCUCUCGACCUAGCCACCAGGCAAACCGUAUUCAGCGCGUGAACACGGACAGUUCGCAACUACGGGAGCGAAGCGUCCACAGGAACCGCUUCUUUGGCCGCAACCGCUCUCGUGGCCAAGAUGAAGAGGCUGCCAUGGCUGACAUUCCUGAGAGCGAUUCGAAUGACAGUAAAGAGAAGCUUGAUCCGCGCUCCGGCCUUAUCAGCCCACAAGCCGUCAGAACGAGCGCCGAAGAGGCUCGUCGUCCGGCGGAGAGCUCAGGCGCCCUGGAGCCUAUCGACCAACGCUUCCAUGCACCGACACGCUCCCAGACGGAGACCUUCGAGAUGAGGCGAUUCCACUAAAUCACAAAAUCACAAGACCACAGUCUUUUAUUUCCUUUAGUCAUUAACUGCACCAAUCCAGCGCGGAGAGCAGCAUAUAGAAAAGCGUAAGCAUGGCGGAUAGGUUGUUUGGCGUUGAGUCCCGGCGCUCAGCAGUAGUGGGCUACGAAUCUUUCCUUCCUUUUGUCGUAAUUAGCAUCUCCAUUAGAUAUCACCAAGACUGGUAAAUCAUCAUAGGUUUACCGCAUAGACACACGAUCCUGUAUCCUGGAGCAACUUGCGCCUUGAUGGGCAUUCUACCUGGCCGGCGUCCAUGUCUACGCGAGGGCAGGUGGAUACACAUCAGCACAAGCGUAACUUUCGACCCGUCUUGAGCCUAGUCAUACA